CCAGCUGACCUACUUGCGAAAUUUUCCUCACUCGAUGUUGAAACUUAACUGUACUUGAGAGUGAAUGAAGUCUACAAAGCCCGCGAAGAUUUCAGCUGGGAAUCCUCAACGGCGGUGAAGACGAGGGGCAUUCCUGUUCACUUCCUCGAGACCAGACAGGCUAGGGCCUUGUUGCAUUCCCAGGGUUUGUGGGUUACUAGAUCCCUACCAUGGGCAGACUGACGUGUAAAUGCCUGAACAUCAGCAUUCACACCAAGGCCGCACCUUCACCGCUAGACCGGACCACUUUGCGACUGCCGGCCGGCGAACGAGAGCGAGGCUUCUUCAAGGGUCAGGUGGCUGAGAUCCAAUUGGAUCUUGGAGGGAUAUCGGAGGAGCAGAAGUGCUUGAUCAGACGCAGCAGUGUAGGAGAGUGGGUGGUACGGACCUGCACCAACUGUGAGACGGACUGCUACGCCACCCACGCCAGUAAGGGAUUGAACAGGGUAUUGGUCAGCUUGCGACUGGUGAGUGACGCCGACAAGCAAGACGCCCUUCGCAGGUCACCCGACUUUUCGCAGCUCUUCCGCAUUGUCCUCUACGAAGUCAGCAAGACAAAAAGCCCAACGUUAGGGCACCCAAGCACCAGCAGUCAAGACGCCCUCAAGAAGACAGUGGGAGACUUGCAGGAUCAACUGACACGGUAUCUGACUAAAGAGCGGACGUCGAUGGAAGAGCGAAUCAAGGAGUUUGCAGAAGAUCAGCAGGCAGCGUAUACCGCUCUACAGAAGAAAGCAUACAGGGACAAGAAUCUUAUGGUCGGAUUGAUGGUGGACGCCGACGAGAAGAGCCUGGAAGACUCCAUCACGGAAGCCAUGCUGGAGACGACCCUGACCCCACCGCACACCCCACUCAGCCUCAGCAAUACUAAGAACAAGGUGAAUUUGAAUGCACCCCCGCUCAGCAUGAGUUAUCCCAGGUCGUUUCACGGCGGAGCGCCGGCCCCGAAGGAUAAACCGCGAGAAGCACCGGUCAAAGCAUAUGGAGGUCAACAGAGGUCAGGGGUCACACCGAGAGGUGUCACCAAGACCAGACAGAGGAGCAACGAUGCAGACACCAUGUUUGAUCUUGAUGGAUUCAACGACGACUGCGAUCCGUUUUUUGAAUCGGAUGACGAGAGCAGCACCGAUGAUAACUCCCUGAACGAGGACCACCUGGGCCAGGUCAUGGCGGGCCGGAGUCGUGGGCUUCAGGACCAGAACUGCGCCACGUCCAUGCCCAUCUCCAUGCCUGUGUGGAACAAGGAAACUCGACUCUCGUGGGAAGAGGGGGAAGACGAAGACAAGGUCCCAAUGCCCGAUCCAGAUCACAUGGUAGCCAGCAUGAAGGCUCUGUCUCUCAGUGUCCAGGACGGAACGGAGAUGUUCGGAGACCUUCCCCGGCCCAGACUGAACACGGGGGACGCCCAAUCAUUGUCCAAGAUCAAGCUAUAGCAGGAUGGGUCAAAUUAAUACCUGACCCCCCCCCUCGACGUACUGUCGUCAAUAUGUGAAAUGUUCUACACUGUACAAAGAAUACUUGCAGAAAAUUAGCCAGACGUUGCUCGUUUUCCAACUGGCACAUUGCUGACAAUAAGUGUUUGAUGUCGGACAGUAGCCCAGACUUGCUUGCAGUCUAGAGAGAACUUCAUGGCGUGGUGACCUCAACACCUUUUUUAGAGUCAGGACUCAUAAUUUGUCUCAUGGGGUAACUGUCCAUCUCGUCUUUGAUUGUUACCGUUACAUCACCCAUCUUCUAUCAAAAUCUACCGCAGGGUUUUGGAGCAUUUUUGCCAAGGGAGAGAAAGGCAGAUUGGGGCUGAGCUUAACAGGUUGACUCAGAAAAAUUCUCUGACUUCUGUUUAUGUGUGGAAGAUAAGUCACAGUUCACAAAGGCCGGUGUGGCCCUUUUGAUGGGCAGGGAAUAUCAUAAAUGCUCAGUUUUUAUUGGCCAUUUCAACAGUUUUGGCCUUCACUUCUCAGGCCACUUCAUUUUUUUCCAAAGGCCGGUACUCCCCUGUGCCCCAGAAUGCUGUGAAGUAGACCAUGCCAUUGCCAGUAUUGGUGUCGUUCACGAACCGAAUGGCUUUCACAGCCAGGUUCGAUCACGCGCAGAUACUACAGAGCCUUUGUGGCCGCCAGCAUUCGGAGGCCAUUUUGGUUUACUUGCCACUUUUUGUCUGACUAAACCCUGCUGCUCUUUGUUCUGUUCAUUCGUAAAGAACUCUCCAUUUGGGCUGCACUUCCCUGAGGAAGUAGUCGCAAAAGCAGGUCUCCAUUUAUGGUCACAGAUAUACAGGCCAGUUAUAAUCGCACCAGCCUUCAAAUUGUAUCGGCAACGUUCAUGUGUAUUUGAAAUGACCUUGGCUGCCACUGUCUUUUCAUUGAUAUUCCGUGUGAAAGAUAGUGCUCUUAUACAAACGUAACGUUCUGGUCAUCCGAUGACUUCUUAAUUUUCAUGCCGUUGACGUUUUGAGUAACGUGCAGGCCACCGAGCCACAUUGGCCUCUGUUUUAAGGCCUUUUGUGGCCAGUGAGCUACCAUACCCCAAGCUGCACAGAUACGAUCCUUAAACAAGUGGCAUUAUUACAUGUUGCUUCAAUUUUUUGUUGUGCUAAAAAUGUCGGCAAGUUCGCAAGUAUUCUGUUUUGUUUAACUUGUGAUGAGAAAGUUAUUGUUUAUAGACUCCCAAAUUCAAAUUAAUAAAAAUUUAAUCUUAAUGAUAUACUGUUACUAACGUGUAUAGUAUUGCCUUCCCAACCCAACUUUGCUACAAAUUUUAUUCAGGCUUCAGUUUACUUUGUUUCAUUCUUUAAGGGAAAAAUGAUUCACUACUGUGUGAUUUCUUAAUGACAUGGGUAUUUAUUGUUACAGACUUACCCGAGGAGACGCCUUAACUGCGGUUCAGUUAACGCGUUCAUUAGCUUGUUGCUCGCGUGCAUUUGGCAAAUUACGACACCCUAUUGGUCCAAGAGGCAUGUAACGCGUGCGCACCACCUGUCCACGAGCGUUGUGACACCGCAGUAAUGGCUUCUAAUUCUGGGGCUUGUUUUGGCGACCCGUAAGCAGAAACGUGUUUAGAACGUUGGAGCAGUUGGUUAGGGACCAACUCCAUCUGACAGAGCCAAGCACAAGGAAGCAGGUGGCACUGUUUAGAAUAUCAUUUCACUCCAUCUUCAGCAUGUUUGUCACCAGUGCUGCUCUCUCCUUUCCUUUAUACGUUCCAGAAGAAAGCAUUUCUUUGAUUUGCUGCAUGUAACAACCAAUUUUGAAAUGUAGAACUUUACUCAUUUGGAGAGCGACACAAAUUGUCUGUUUAGUUGAACCGGCGCUGAACCAACUCCAACCUUCAGUUCUUGUUCGGUCGGAACAAUGACGUCACAGAGGCAUAACCGAGUCGCGAUAGCACUUUAACCAGUGACCAAAGCUGAAACAAGUUCAUGGUCCGAGUCGUCAAAACGCCCCUGGUUGUCGAGUUACACGUUACUGUAAGACUGUGCGCAGGCCAAAUAGCAGUUCAAUGGAGUGACGGUUAAUGUUACAAAUUUUGUUUUUGAUUUUGAAAAGCAGUAUCAUUUUUGGCAAUUUUUCUGGACAAAUUCGCAUUCAUUUUCUCUCGUAUUAAAAAAAUGGAUUGUUUUGGAAGGUGUAUUUAUUUUUUUAGAAAAUUAUGAUGCCGUAAAGUGGGUUGAUUUAAACAAGCUUCAAGAGUUACCAGUUUUUGAAAACUUGGAAGUGGCAAAAGUUUGAAAUGUCUGAAGAUUGGUUAAUGUUGCAUCAUUCGUAUUAUGUAAUCGCUGCAUUCAGACAAGAAACACAAUAUGGAAUAUCA